AUGCGCGCUUCCCGCUGGGACCCGAAAGCGAUUGAGGACAAGACGCCGUCGGCCGCUAGCCUGUAUAGGUUCGUGCGGGACAUCAAGGACAUCGAGCACAAACCCCUGCCUCGGAUAUACGUCUCCCCCGAGGAGGACUUGAGCAAGCUGCACGCUGUCGUGGUCGGGCCGCCGGGUACACCCUACGAGGACGGCUUCUUCCACUUCUUCGUGAAGUGCUCACCAAGUUACCCGAUAAAGCCGCCUCUCGUGCGCCUGCUAACCAAGGACGCUGGGCGCGUGCGAUUCAACCCGAAUCUCUACGCUUGCGGAAAAGUGUGCCUCAGCAUUCUAGGUACAGAGAUAGGGCUAGCAUGGAGCCCGGUCCAGACAAUAAGCAACCUGCUGCUCUCCAUACAGUCGCUACUCGUAAAGGAACCGUUCCUCAACGAGCCCCUACUCGCAGAAGCAUUCUUGAAUGACUCCCACGACUAUAAGCGAAAAUUGGAACACGAGACCAUCAAGGUCACCGUCAGCAAUGCGGUAGAAGCCUGCAUGCAGGAAAAUCCCCCGUGCCCGCUGGACUUGGUGGCAGUCAUCAUAAGCGAGUUCACCGAACACUACGACAAUUGGUUCGUCCAGGGAGAGGCCAAACUGUUCAGCCAUGGACUCGAAGUCGAGCAGGGAAACAACGCAAAGAUUGCGCUCGUGGGGGCCAACUGA